GGACCAGAGCAGGAGAAACAGCCAGAGGGGAGUUCAAACACCAUUUCAACACUUUCGUAAGAGACUUCAAAACCAGAGAAGCGACCUGCUGACUUCCUGUCGCCUUCCUGAGCGCCACCAGGAUGAACUAGGCUUGAGUCUGAGAGCGAUCUGGAGGGAGAACGUCCGUGACUUCUAAUAACAGGGACCAGAGCCAGAGAAACAACCAGAGGGGAGUUCAAACACAUCUUCCACACUUCCGUCUUUAAAGCGACCUCAUAACCAGCGAAGCGACCUGCGGACUUCUGUCGCCUCUGUGAGCGCCACUACGAUGGCGUUCUCCAAGGAACGGGCCCAGAGAAUGACGACUCGUGCUUCAGCAGGUUGGCCAGGGCCUCUCCUCCACGGUCAGGUCACGACAAAGGUCAAAUCUCCCCUGAGAUUGCCAACACUUCGAGAACCCCGUAAGGGAACCGCAGAAGACCAAAGCUCCGGGAGAGAGAAAAGGACGCAAAGAGAUUCCGCGACGUCUUAUGACUUCAGUUACGAGAGUUAUCCCUUUAGCAGCGUGUCUCCACUGAGUCUGGUAACCUCUGUGGAGGUCAGGGCCUCCUUUCAGGCCACCAAGGAACGGUUCCGGAAAAAGACGACUCGCAGGCGACUCGCUUCAGCAGGUUGGCCAAGGCCUACAAAGGUCAAAUCUCCCCUGAGAUCGCCUACACUUCGAGAACCCCGUAAGAGAACCGCAGAAGGCCAAAGCUCCGGGAGAAAGAAAAGGAGAAAAAGAGAUUCCGCGACGUCUUGUGACUCCAGUUACGAGAGUUAUCCCUCUAGCAGCGUGUCUCCACUGAGUCCGGUAACCUCUGUGGAGGUCAGGGCCCCCUUUCAGGACCCAAGCUCACCCAACAUGUUCGUCAAAAGCAGCUUCGAGCUCACGCCCGACAUCACGACCGAUAAGCACAACGAGACCUUCAGGUUGCGGUGCUACGAUGCGUUUGAGUCUUCCCCCACAGAGCACGAGAGGGAGCCGGGAGGAGACGCCGACGUUCUGACGGAAACGGCCGCUUCCUUUGCAGCCGCGAGCCACUCGGUCACCGGCGCUUCACCGGCGGCGGGUCAACAGGAGUUCACGCCCGACAUCACGACCGAUGAGGACGACGAGACCUUCAGGUUGCGGUGCUCCGGUCCGGGUCUGUACCUGUGCAGCGUGACCGGCCUGGUGUUCCACAUGGGGGGUGAGGGGGGGGAAGUGGUUUACAGGAUCGUCCCCUGGGACUGGAGGCUGCUGGCCCACCAUCACAAGAAGCCCGCGGGACCCUUGUUCAACAUCGAAUGCGAGCGUGGGUCCGUGCUCGGCCUUCACCUCCCUCACUGCGAGAUCCAGAGUGGCGGGGGGGGCGACUUCCUGUCGGUGGCUCAUGUGAAAGACGAGGGCGUGGAGUUCCUCCGCCCGAGGGAGGUGACGGAGACUCACGUCGUGGUGGACGUCUCGGGGCUUUCUGAUUUCGGUAAUGUCAAGGACGUGGACUCGCCCCCCCAGCCGGUCCAAGCGCUGGUUCUGCUCUUCUAUCAGCCCCCAAAGGACCUGGAGCCCAAGUCCCUCCUCAACGUGUUGAAGAUGCUGCUCCUCUAUCGGCCCCCAGAGGACCCGGAGCCCAAGUCGCUCCUCAACGUGUUGAUGCUGCCGAGUAACGUGGUGCUGCAAAAGGUGCUGCGUGACAGGAAGAGGCUGGUCGGGCCUGAGUCCUACAUAGAGACGACCUCGCAAUGCAAACUGCACCCGGGCCGGGAGUACGUCCUCUCCACCAGUCCCCAGGACGACCGGGUCAUAGUUCAGCCCACCAAGGCCGAGUUUCGCUGCAACUACGACAACUACAUCCCGUCCUUCCAGGUGAAGCUGAAGACGAGGCUGAAAGAGAUUAAGCUGUUUCUGAAAGAAGGCGACGGCUCCCUCAGCGUUUGGGAAAGACGAGUCGGCCUCUCGGACGCGGUCGUGGCGUCCCGCAGGCCGAGCGCUCUGGACCCCGUCCACAGCAAGAGGCUGCUGGAGGUACAGACCGGCUUCAUCGAGAGCAUCUCUGGACCUGUGCUCAAGAGUCUGCUGGACCGACUGUUGGAGAAGAGGGUGAUCAAUGACCGCGAGAGGGAGGCAGCGGAGGCGGAGCCGAACAACAGCGACAGAGCUCGCUUUGUCAUCGACGCCGUGAGGAGGAAGGGCGAUGACGCCAGUUUGGAGAUGAUCGAGUUCCUCAAGGAAGUCGACCCGUAUCUCUGUGAAGACCUGCGGUUGUCGUGAAGCCGUUCCUCUGCCGGCCGAAAGGACUUCCUGUUUACUGUUGAUGCUUCUCACAAUCUCACAUUUAGUAGUUGAGAUAAUGGGGUCUUUUGUAGUUUUCCCUGAUUUGUCGCUUAUCGAUU